CUCUCCUUUUCUUUUCUGGGCUUCCAAGGAUUUUUCCCACAUACACACCAAUUUCACCCCUUCUCUCAGGGCUGUUCACAGUGAAAUAACAAAGGAACAUGGACCAGACCCCUGUCCAGACAGUGGAGACUUUAGCAGAACUGGUCAAGAAACUCCAUGAGAUUUUCUCUGCUGAUAAAGUCAACGUGGAGGAGGUGCAGAACCUGAUGGGGUCUUACAAGAGCAACCCUGUGGAAUGGAGUAAAUAUGCCAAGUUGGACAAAUACAGAUACACGCGGAACCUUGUGGAUGAGGGAAAUGGGAAAUUUAACCUGAUGAUUCUGUGCUGGGGAGAAGGACAUGGCAGUAGUAUCCAUGACCACACUGACUCUCACUGCUUCUUGAAGCUGCUACAAGGGCAGCUCAAAGAAACUCUAUUCAAUUGGCCGGACGUCAAGAGCAAGAGCCAGGAAAUGUCAAAGAAAUGGGAAAAAACCUUGCAGGAAAAUCAGUGCACCUACAUCAAUGAUACUGUUGGGCUGCACAGAGUGGAAAAUGCCAGCCACACAGAGACUGCAAUCAGCCUGCAUCUGUACAGUCCCCCAUUCAACAGCUGCCGCUGUUUUGAUGAACGAACCGGUCACCAAAACCAAGUUAAAUUGACUUUCUGGAGCAAAUUUGGAAACUUUCACUUCAAACGAAAACAACUGAAGCAGGUAAUGGGCGGUGAACAGCAGGGAGUGGCGACCCAAACCUCUUUAUCUCAGAUUGCUGUGAGGUGAAACUGCUGGAACUUUGCUUUUAAGCUGAACUGCCAAAAGUGAUGAAGAAACAUCCAGAUCUUUUCUGAAAUGAAAGAACCAUUUUGUCUUCUCGUGUUUACUUCCACCCCUCCCCCCCAAUUUCGCCCACGAAAUACGGUC